AUGAGUCACAAGUAUAUCUUCAAGUACAUCAUCAUCGGCGACAUGAGCGUCGGAAAGAGCUGUCUCAUGCACCUGUUCACGGAGCAGCGGUACCGCAAGGACCUUCCGCACACUAUCGGUGUCGACUUCGGCACCACGGUCGUCGACAUCAACGGUGAGCUCGUGAAGCUGCAGAUGUGGGACACCGCCGGGCAAGAACGCUUUCGCUCUGUCACGCGAGGCUACUACCGCGGCGCAGCUGGCGCACUCCUUGUGUAUGACAUUAGCCGGCGAUCGACGUACGCCCACAUAGGCACUUGGCUGACCGAUGCUCGCGCGAACACGGGGCCCGAGACGGUCUUCAUUCUCGUAGGCAACAAGUCUGACCUGGAGGAGGAGCGAGAGGUGUCGUACGAGGAGGCGGCUCAGUUCGCAGCGGAGCACAAUCUGCUUUUUGUGGAGUGCAGCUCGCUAAACGGCAACAACGUUGAGGAGGUCUUCCUGUCUACGGCGCGCCGCAUUCACGAGAAGGUGAAGAGCGGUGUGAUGAGCCCGGUCGAUCCGGAGAGUGGCGUGCAGCUGCACACGGCCGCCAUUCCCACCUCGACCGCUAACAGCGGCCAGACUGGGGGUCCAGUGGACUUGAAGGCCGGCACGAGUGGCGGCGUUGCUGCGGCGGCAGAGUCGAGCUGCUGCUAG